UUGAAUUCAUUAAAAAGAUUAACACAAUUAGACCUCAGUUCCAACAGGAUUAGUGGAGAGAUCCCGAUAUGGUUUUGGGGAGUAAGCCAAGAUACAUUGGAAAUCUUAGAUCUUUCUGAUAACCUUCUGGAGGGAGGUAUUUGGCAAUUGUACUGGAAGCUAUUAUUAAAGAUUGUCCUUGAUAAAAACUCAUUCCAAGGACCACUCUUUUUACCUCCACCUUCUACUUUUUACUUUUCUGCCUCUGACAAUGGUUUCUUCGGUGAGAUCCCCACUUCAAUUUGCCAAUUGAGCUCACUCAGAUUUUUACAUUUGUCUAACAAUAAUCUCUCUGGGAAUGUGCCACCAUGUUUAGGUAAUAUAACCAAUCUCACAUAUCUAGUCCUGGGCAUCAACAAAUUACAAGGACCAUGACCGCGCGCUCUAGUGAAAUGAGUGAACUUACAAUUCCUAGAUCUCAGUCACAAUGAGUUCAGUGAUAUCUUCCCGCAUUGGCUAGAAGCACCGCAACUAAUGUCCCUUGAUUUGCGGUCCAACAAAUUUUAUGGUAGGAUCAACCUCACUACCUUUGGACUCUCCUUCCCUCCUCUUGAAUCUUUAUUUAUUUCCAGCAACAAUUUUACUGGGUGAUGGCCUACAAAUAUUUUCUCAAACACCUCAUUGUAUGCAAUAGAUUUGUCCAACAACAAGUUUGAAGGCCCAAUUCUACUUAUAUCUCCUGUCACAUAUUAUUAUUCCAUUGCAAGUAAUACGAUGACAGGAAAGAUCCCUUCUUUGUUAUGCAAUGCCACCGAGCUCAAGAUCAUCAACUUGUCUUACAACACCUUAACCGGUAGUUUGCCUCAAUGCUUAACAAAUUUUAGCACCGGUCUAUCAGUGUUGAACUUGCGAAUGAAUCACCUUGAUGGUACAAUUCCUCAAUCAUUUUGUUCGAGAAAUAGCUUGACGACUCUCGACUUGCGUCGAAAUCUGUUUGAAGGCACAUUGCCCCGAUCCCUUGUCAAAUGUAAACAUUUGGAAGUUUUGGAUCUCAAUGACAACCAUAUAGAGGAUACGUUCCCGAGAUGGUUGGGAACACUUUGGGAAUUAAAAGUUCUCAUUUUGAGGUCCAACAAUUUUAAGGAUCUUUUGAAUAUUCCUAGGGGAGCUCACCUAUUUCCCAAGUUACAUAUUUUGGACCUCUCCAACAACAACUUUGGUGGUCCUUUGCCAGCCACCUUGAUAAUGAACCUUAAAGCGAUGAUGAAUGGAGAAAUUGGCCCAGACAAAUCGUUGUACAUGGCAUGGUCUUUUGAAAGAUUAUGGAGAAGGACGUCAUAUGAAAAUUCCAUGACUGUGGCCAUAAAAGGGCAAGAGAUUGAGCGAGUGAAGAUCUUGACCUUCUUCACAAUCAUUGAUUUGUCGUGCAACUCAUUCCAAGGGGAUAUCCCGGAAGUUAUUGGAAAUCUUCAAUCUCUCAUAGGGCUCAACCUAUCUCAUAACCACCUUACAGGUUCCAUCCCUCUAAGUCUAGGGAACUUGACUGAUCUUGAAUGGCUUGAUCUAUCUUCAAACAAGCUUGGUGGGGGAAUUCCUAGAGUACUAGGAGAUUUGGCAUACCUUGGAUACUUGGACCUCUCCAAGAACCAACUCACGAGACGCAUACCUCAAGACAAGCACUUGAGCACAUUUUCAAGCGAAUCAUUUGGUGGUAAUUCAGGCUUAUGUGGAACUCCAUUGCCAAAAGCAUGCCUUGGCUAUGUUCAACCUCCUCCACCAUCAUCCUCAUCAAGUUUCGACUGCAAAGGGCAUGAGAGUUGGUUCAAACAAAAAGCAGUGUGGAUGGGUUAUGCAUCUGGAAUCGUAAUUGGGAUUUCUAUAGCAUAUAUUGCAUUUGAAUCCAAAAGGCCCAAAUGGCUCUCGCGAGGUGUGAAAAUGCUCGAGAGAAGAGCAGUCGAGUGGAUGGAAAAGCCAAAACGGAAGGCCAUCAAAUUUCAUGGACAAUGAAAUUGUUUGAGAAGUUGUCUCUUUAAACCGUGCAAUGUAGAUUCAGUGAAUAAAGAUGUCACCAGACUAGCUUGAAAUGUCAUUUCCCUUGUGGAGUCUGGUUCCUAAUG